AUGCCGCUCAUUUUUGUGGCGAACCUGUAAAGAGAGAAGGCAGAAGCCGGCUCUUUUUUAAUUAUUUGAUUCCUUCUUUUAUUUCUUCGGUUCUUUUUUUCAUUUUAUUUACGUAAUUCAUUAGCCGAAAAGGGAAUCCCAUUUGUGUACUUUGUUUCAUUUGAAUAAAUAUUUCAUUUCAUCAGUCUUGUUUAUUUAUUUUGUGUUCGCAAGUUUUAAGCAAAGGCGGAAUUCCAUCCUGUAAAUUCGUGCUUAGUGCUUUAUUGUUUCGCAUCUUUUUUCAGAGAUACUAUUUGGCUAAUACUAAGGACAUCCGUAACUUUCAUUUAUAGAAACGACGGCACCUCCACACUAACAUGGCGGUCAGACUGUGCGAUGUGGCCUCUCUGCUUAGAAGUGGCUCGUGGGCGGCAGAGCCGUGGAGCGGGCAGGUAAUUGCUGCCAUGGAAACACAGCUGUCCAAUGGGCCCACCUGUAACAACACGAGCAACGGCCCCGCCACCAUGUCCAACAACUGCUCCUCGCCCGUGGAGUCGGGGAGCAUCGAGGACAGCAAAACCAACCUGAUCGUCAACUACCUGCCUCAGAACAUGACCCAGGAGGAGCUGAAGAGUCUGUUCGGCAGCAUCGGCGAGAUCGAGUCCUGCAAACUCGUACGAGACAAAAUCACAGGACAGAGCCUAGGCUACGGAUUCGUCAACUACGUGGAUCCGAAAGACGCAGAAAAAGCCAUCAACACGCUAAACGGCCUCAGGCUCCAGACCAAAACCAUCAAGGUGUCCUACGCCCGGCCCAGCUCGGCCUCCAUCAGAGACGCCAACCUGUACGUGAGCGGCCUGCCCAAGACCAUGACGCAGAAGGAGCUGGAGCAGCUGUUCUCCCAGUACGGACGCAUCAUCACCUCCCGCAUCCUGGUGGACCAGGUCACAGGCGUGUCCCGGGGGGUGGGGUUCAUCCGGUUCGACCGGCGGAUCGAGGCGGAGGAGGCCAUCAAGGGCCUGAACGGGCAGAAGCCCCCCGGCGCCACCGAGCCCAUCACGGUGAAGUUCGCCAACAACCCCAGCCAGAAGACCAGCCAGGCGCUCCUCUCCCAGCUCUACCAGUCCCCCAACCGGAGGUACCCUGGACCCCUGGCCCAGCAAGCCCAGCGCUUCAGGUUGGAUAAUCUCUUAAACAUGGCGUAUGGAGUCAAGAGCAGGUUCUCUCCGAUGGCGAUCGACGGCGUGACCAGCCUGGCGGGCAUCAACAUCCCGGGGCACGCGGGCACCGGCUGGUGCAUCUUCGUGUACAACCUGGCGCCCGACGCGGACGAGAGCAUCCUGUGGCAGAUGUUCGGCCCGUUCGGCGCCGUCACCAACGUCAAGGUGAUCCGCGACUUCAACACCAACAAGUGCAAGGGCUUCGGCUUCGUCACCAUGACAAACUACGACGAGGCCGCCAUGGCCAUCGCCAGCCUGAACGGCUACCGCCUGGGCGACCGCGUGCUGCAGGUCUCCUUCAAAACCAACAAAACGCACAAAGCCUAACGUCUCCUCUCAGAUCCUUUAUACGCUAUUCUACUGAAAAAAAAAACGAAAAAACGCAGAAAAAAAACAAUCAACACUUGACGUAAAACUUUAUACAUUAGUAAAAAAAAAUAUGAAAAAAAGUCUUUGUAAAUCAGUGUUACGAAGGGAAAUCAGAAUUAAUAUUUAGCGUCCAACAAUGUGAUUUUGUUUUUGUUUGUUUUUUGUUUUUUUAUUGCUAGUCUUUGAAAAAAACUUCUUAAUAUAUUUUAUGUUUGAAUAGAGGAAAUGCUGCAGGUUUUCUUUUUACCUGCAAUGUUGAGUUCUAUUGCCAUCUUUAAAGGAGGACCUUUUAAAAUGUUAAAGAUAAGGUUUUAUGUUUUGUUGCCUUUGAAAGCAUAAGUCUCGUACGCCUUUGUGUGGUGAUUUUCUUUUGUCAUUUUUCUCAGUGUCUUGAUUUGCCUCGAGUGCAUUUUGCUUCUUAAGUGAUUAACAUAGUAUUUAUUUUGUAUUGAAGCUCUUGUUUACAUUUUGGUUAAUUUUGUAACAUUUUGGUGUUGUAUUAUCAGUUGGGUUAUUGGUUGGCUGCAUAAUGUUGCUUAUUGUACAAUUACUGGGAAAAACUAACUUUUCUUAAAGCAGUACCUUGCCAAAGAGCUAAGAACCUCUUUGAUGUGGGUUUAAAAAGCGUCUAUUUUUAUAAAAAGAAAAAAAAAUUUGGAGAAACUUUUUACUGGACCUGGAACAAAUAUUUUGACUUGGAUACUUUGAGAAAUAUCUUCAUAUGACACCUCGUGAGCUUUUGAACUUUACCAGGAGGUUUGCAGUGGUUGAAAUUUCCGGAGAGAUUUAUGACGUAGAGGAGAUAACCUUUUGAGAUCUUUGUAUUACUUUAAGAUUCUAGAAUCACGGGCGGCGUGGGGAUCGGGUAGGUAAAUCACCGCGGGGAGUUCGUCCACACAGUCUCCCCAGUUAGCGCUUGUGACCCUGAUCACACUCGGCUAUGAUUUUUGGAAGAAAAAAAAAGAGAGUAUAUACAAAGGUCAGUUCUGCAAAAGUGC